AUGAACAAAGCAUUAGCCAUUACCGGAGUAGCUGCCACUGCAAUUGCAGGCUAUGCAAUCUAUUUUGAUUACCAGCGUAGGAAUUCUAAACAGUUUAGAAAAUCAUUAAAGAAGAAAGCAGUUAAACAAAAGAAGAUCCAAGAACAACACGAGAAAGAGACAAAGCAAUCUAAAUUGGAUGCCGUUAAGACAGCAUUAUUAGCUGAUUUGAAAGAAAACCCUAUUCCAACUGAUUUGACCGAGAGGGAAGCAUUUUUCAUGGAACAAGUUGCAACUGGUGAACAAAAAGCUAAAGAUGACUCCAUAGCUGCUGCCAUUUGCUUUUACAAGGCUUUGGCCGUCUACCCUAACCCAACCGAUAUUCUUGGUGUAUACCAGAAGACAGUGCCCGAAGAUGUUUACGAAUUGGUCGUGAUGAUGAUAGCCGUUUACCCACCAGCUUCGGUUUCGAGUAUAUUGAGCAAAGGCGGACCAAACCCUGCAGACGUGAAACCAACUGAAGAGGAUUUAGAUUAA